AUGUCCAGCAGCUGGGGGAAGAUCCAAGCCAGGGCCAAGGAUGUGGCGGCUUGCGACAUUUGGACGGCGGGAUAUGCUUUUUGGGGCUGCGAUGAACAGCGCUCAUACAUUAUCGUAACCGCUGCGCUACUGUUGUCGAUGCCACAGGUGGUGUCAGUGAGCAACGCUUCGGCUCCAGCCAUCAAUCAGGAUAGCCAGGGCGCCCCUCGGAUGCUCAAGGUGGUCCUGACCGAUGGAAAGCGCAAGUUUACGGGUGUGGAGUCUGCGCCCUUGUCUGCUUUGUCGCGCAAGACCAAUCCGGGUACCAAAAUUCUGCUCACCGAGUCCAACUUGCCCAUUUUCAACAACAUCGUACUCCUGAACCCAUCCAACUGCCGCGUCCUUGGGGGUCACGUACCUGAACUUGUGGAGCGCUGGGCGAUGCAGGUCAAACUUGCUGAGCACCAACGCUCACAUGCUGUCCGCGAUGCCAGCUACCCUGUUUUCUUACCCUUUUCUGCGGCCAACCUAAAAGCUCUCAAAACAAGUAAAACACCCCAGGCAAAGCCAGCUGUGGCUGAUGUGACUGAGGAUUCAACCAAGGGUGAUUCUCGGGAUGAUCGCGAGCGAUUGUCAACUACGCAAGACUCCAAGCAUGUCAUCAAGUCGCUGCAGCAAGCCACUACAUCACUGGAAUCUCUCAAGCUCCAGCAUGAAGCCAAGCAGGAGGCUCGGCGCGAAGCUCGAAUGCAGAAGCGCCGUGGUCGCCGACGACAUGGUGAUGACGAAGUCUUUGAAGACGACCCCAACACGAUUACGCUCGAGCAAUUGCAGCAACGUCGUGCUCAGCAGCAGCAGCUUCCCAAGCAGGGCUCGGUCCCAUCACCUGCCCAGGAGGGUGCACAACCUGGAAGCACGCGGCCUUCAGCUGAGGUUGUCGCCUGGCGCCAGCAGCUGGCAGGCAUGGGUUUUGCAGCUGACAGCAUUGCGACGGCUUUGGCCACAUGCGACACUUUUGAUGCUUGCUUGGAAAGCCUCCUGCAGGGGCUUGCUGGCCAAGCAGACCAGGCGCAUCCUAGUGCCCAAGUGACCUCUCAUGGAAGAGCAGACCGUGCUUCGGACUUGACGCGGGGAACUAACCAACGGCGUGAGGAGCGGCCGCAGGGCCACGAGCGAGCGAAUGCCACACACAAGGGUGCCAAGCACGGGUCUCGAAGCGAGGGUGCAGCAGAGCCAACUGCACGCUCUAAUGACAGUCGCCGUUCAACCUCUGCACGGGGUCACAAAGAUCGCCGUCAAACAAAGACUCAAGAUCAGCAAGGCUCGAGGCCCAAGCGACACGACCCAUCAGCGCGCCAGGAGGCAACCGAGCGUUCAAACACGCGGCACGCGACACAGGCACAAUACCAGCCCCCUGCCUCCCGGACUCAGACAACUCAUUCAUCCGGAUCAAAGCGACAACAACAGCAGCAGCAGCAGCAGCAGCUACCAGCGCCUUCUCAAAGCCUCAAGCCCUCCCACACGGGAGCGAGCAAAGAAAAGGGCAAACAUGCCAAGCAAGCCGCUCGCCAUGCGAACUCUGCCGUGGCAAGUGCACCUCAAUUGCCCGCACCAGCCUUGACCCUGCCGUCUCCUUCGCCUGCUGUGGUGGUUCAACUGCGCGACGGAUCGUCCGGCCCAUCUGACGACGGCCUCUCACUGGGCCGGCCCCUAAGUGCUAGUGGUCGAGGUCGAAGUCGGGGUGCGAAAGCAGAAGGUCGCGGCGGUCGCGGACGUGGCGGAUCUUCGCGCCGGUCGGUGCGCCAAUGA